GUACACAGUUGAGGAUAUUGAAAAUAUUGAAAAUAAUCUGUGAAUAUCACUUGCAAGUUCUUAACGAGUAUAAAGUCAUGAAUAUUUUCAUUGGAAAACUUAUACCGCAAUAAAGUUUAUCAGCAGUUGCAAUUCCUUUGAGGAAUGAACAUAAAGAAUUUAAAAGUUGAGGAAUCCCAUAAGGUUUAGGUUUAAAUUCAGAUUACACCAAAAAGUGCAAUAUCUUGUAAUAAUGGGUAGUCCAGAACGUGAACUUUGUCCACCUCCAUCAGAAGAAGAUGAGCUUACUCUGCCACGAGCUAGUAUAAAUAAAAUGAUAAAAGAAUUAGUACCAUCGGUUCGAGUGGCUUUUGAGUCGAGGGAACUAAUAUUGAAUUGCUGUACUGAAUUUAUUCAUCUUAUAAGCUCUGAAGCUAAUGAAGUAUGCAACCAAAGCAACAAAAAAACUAUAAAUGCAGAACAUGUACUGACAGCUCUAGAUAAACUGGGAUUUAGUGACUACACAGUGGAAGCUGAGGCAGUCCUUAAAGAUUGUAAGGCAGUUGCUGCAAAACGCAGGAGGCAAAGCACAAGGCUUGAAAAUCUUGGUAUACCUGAAGAAGAACUACUGAGGCAACAACAAGAGUUGUUUGCAAAGGCCCGCGAAGAACAAGCAAAGCAGGAACAGCAGCAAUGGUUAUUACUGCAGCAACAAGGCCUGGUUGGAUCCGAAGGUACUCCACAACCGUAUAUCCCACCUAUGAUACCUAAGCAAGAAGAUGAGGAAGACGAUGACUACUCAUAAAUUUGCCAACUGAAUAACUGUCAAACUGAGAAAUAAUUAUAUAAAAUGUUAAUGGAAAUAUACUUAAACAAAGAAUGCAAUGCCAUUUUAUUAUAAUAUACAAUUAAAUAUGGUGGAAAAUGUUAUUCCCCAUUGAUCUUACUAGGCAUACCUGAACCAGACUCACAACACAAUAUUUUAAAAUGUUGUUUCAGCAUUCAAUGAUUACAUUUCAGAAGCAAUUUUAUUGAAAAACAAACCUGUUUCUAGGAGAACCAUCCUACGUUAAGAUUAUUAAUUAUCUAUUGUGUCCAUAACUACAUAGAAAUAAAAAUAUGCUGUAAAAUAAAAGGUUUUAUCAAUGUCA